AUGUUACGCGUCCGCUGUCCUCGAUUACAAAGAUACAAGAAUCUGUUAAAUAAUAUAUCCGAUACUGAAAGUGAUGAUUAUGAAUUAUCACAAUUAUAUCGAUCAUCACAUCAUUUAAUGUUAUCUCUCACUGACGAUGAUAAAACCAAAAAUAAUAGCAUAGCUAUAAUACGUAUUGACUAUAAUUAUGCUAACAUUUUAAAUGAUCAAAACAAUGAAGCAUUUAAUAUUUAA